CGCAGAUAAAACAUUUACAAGCCAAUCUGCGCUGAUUAUUUUGCUGACUUUAGUGUUCCGGCUUUCCGUAAUAGGCAAUGCGCCAUGGUAUUUGUUCUGGGUUCUUCAAGUGAUAAAUCACGCACUCGCACAUUCGUCUUCAGCAUUAGAUGAACCACAGCCUCCCACGACCUUCUCUCUCAUUGAUCGCCUCUUUUCAACACCGGCCAUACCCUUCAGUUAUUCUUUCGGGGUCCAGCGCUGUUUAGUAUGUUAGGGGUGUCAAGUGCAAAAACUUCCAGACAAAACCUUCAAAUCUGCCAAUUAAUAGUUCGAUGCAAAAAAUCCAACAUCUGUUCUUGUUAAACUUUGCGGCCACCUUGUUCCAUAACCGCACCAUGGCCUCCCUGCAUUACGCUAAAUUAAGACUCAGAGUUACAUAAUUUAUCUAAAAACAAAUCGCAUGAUGUCCGAAAUAAGAUCCCAGGUGCCCACUGAAUUGGAGGCGGCACUCCGACCGCUAGAUUCGCGCCGCGUUGUGGUUAUGACGUGCGGUUCUGGAAAAUCAACGCUUGCAAAGGCAAUAGUUGCCAAGUUUCCAUCAUUCAUCCGCCUCUCCAUCGACGGUUACAUCUACGACAAGUACGGCGCCUAUGACAGAGACUACCCUGCAUCGAAGUAUAGCCGAUACCAAGAUGAAGCCAACGAAGCACUGAAGGUGCGACUACAGGAGAUUCUUCAGGGCGGCAAGAAUGAUGUUGUAGUGGACCUAUCCUUUGCCUUUCGCGCGUCCCGUGAUGAAUAUAGGACAAUCGUGGAGGCAGGUGGAGCCCAGGUGGUUAUCGUAUACCUCAAGACUGAUGUCUCAGAGCUGAGGCGAAGGAUUAAAGAGCGAGCUGCGGCAGGAUUGGACGCAGACUCGGCGUUCAAAAUGACACCGGAAAUUUUUGAUCGGUAUGUCAGUGGGUUCGAAGAGCCGGUUGGUGAAGGGGAGCUUGUAAUACAACGUUGAUAAUAAGGCAAUCUAGAUACAGCGUGGAUGAUACAUACAAAUUGCACAAAAAAUAGUCGCGAGAUAACCUCCA